AUGGAGAACUCUUCACAGGAGAACAGCCUCAACAUCACCAGCUCCUCCUCCUCCUCCUCCUCCUCCUCUUCCUCUCCUGUCUACUACUUCUCCCUCUUUUACUUCGUCAGUUCUGGUGAAGUAGCGUUGGUCCUGUUUGUGGUGACGUGUCUUCUGGUUUGUGUCGGCCUUCCUCUGACCCUCGGGGCCGUCUACGGCCUGGUCUCUCUGGUGAGAAACGGUGAAGUUGCUCCGAUCUACGUCAUCAACCUCCUCGUCUCCGACAUCGUUCAGUUCUGCUGUAUGAUGGUUGAGGUGGCUCAGCCUCAGGACCUGAACAAGUUUGCGUCUGAGUACGGGGAGAUAUUUUAUGUCUUCCACCAUAUUUACUCCUACAGUCUGUUGGCCAGCAUUGGCUUCAUGGUGUGCAUCGCUCUGGAAAGGUAUCUGGUGGUGGUCCACCCACUGUGGUACCGCUGCAGACGAACUAUCAAGUCCUCCGUGCUGAUCUGUGUCCUGGUCUGGAUCCUCCCUGUUGUCAGCUUCCUCACUGAGUUAUUCUCUAAAAUUUACCUGGACUUUUAUGUCAUUUUCAGCAUCUUUUUCCUCCUUCCUCUCCCGCUGAUCACAUUCUUCAUGACUGCGACCCUCAGAGCUCUGUACGCUUCCAUCUCCGUCCCGACCGACGAAAAACGACGAAUAGCAGGAAUGUUGAUCCUGGUGCUGCUGAUCUACACGCUGCUGUUCCUGCCCACCAUCGCUCUGUAUCUGUACGGCUUCACUUUAAACAUCAAUUCAAACGCAGGUUCCAUCCAACAUCUAGCCCUCCUCUCUUACGUAGCGCCCAUGUUUGCUAAGUUGAGUCCUCUGGCAGAUUUAGUUCUGUAUAUGUUGAUGAGGAAAGGGACCUUACGCCAGUUUGUGUCCUGUGUGUCGCUGCAGAACAGACUAACUCUUCAUUCUCACUCUGGUGACAAUACGGAGGACAUGAAUUGUGAGCUGUUCCUCCUGCGGUAUUCCUGUCACAUCUCCUGUCAGUCGUCUUCUCCGCCCUCAGCUUCAGCUCCGGGUCUCCGUCAACUUCCAGCCAAGACAUUGGGAGCCUCCCACUGCAACCUGCCAGCAGGAACACCAACCUCCCACGUAUUCCCGAUCUCUGGAGGGAACCUCCACACUGACUUCACCGCCCUCAGCCACAACUGUGAAGCUCCGUCACACUCCUGCUCCAGCAUGUCCUGA